AUGGACCAGUACCACCUCAGUGAUGAAAACUUCAUCCAAUCAGAGAUGCAUAUUCCUGGAUUUUCAGAGAGUCAAGGGCUGAACUGUAGUGACACUCUCAACCUUAAGCUGUGUCCAGAUACAAGAGACAUAAUUUAUACUGGCCUAAGCAGCCUAGAUAUGGAUCCUAGCCUUUCAGCUGCAGAUAUGGCUAAUGACACUUUGGAGGACAAUUUAGAUGCACUGUCUUUGUAUUCUGUGAAGGACUGUGAUUUUGUUAAACUCCUUGAUGAGUCUGACUUUGGCUCACAGCCUUCUUUGUGUGAAUUGGGACUUCCUGUCCCAGCAGCACCUAAAGAAGUUGAACAAGAAGGCAAGUCCAGUUAUGGUAGUGCCAGGAAAGGGAAGCAUCAGCACAGCUCUCCUCAAAACCCUGUCCUGGAUUGCAGUCUCUGUGGGAAGGUGUUCAGCAGUGCCAGCUCUCUUAGCAAACAUAACCUGACUCACAGCCAGGAACGGAAAUACAUCUGUAAAAUCUGCAGCAAGGCUUUUAAACGGCAGGACCACCUGAGUGGACACAUGCUAACACACCAGAAAACAAAACCAUUUAUAUGUAUAGAACAGGGUUGCAAUAAGAGUUACUGUGACCAUCGGUCGUUGCUUCGACAUUAUGAAAUGCAACACGGCUUGUCUAUCUUGAAGGAGGGCACCUGUGAUGACGAUGCCUGUAAGGUCUCAUCACCUUCUCAUGAUGCAUUUGUCCAAAGAGGACGAGGUAGUUUGAGAAUGGAGAGGCUGGCUGUUCACUCUGAAUCCAAAUCUCCAAAUCCUGUCCUGCCCAACAGAGACCUACUGAAAUGUAUUGUUAGCAGCAUUGUAAAUCAGAAGCUUCCAUCAACUCCAGCAUCGUCUGCAAGGGACUUGAAAGGUUCACUGCAGUCUUGCUCCUCUGCAGCUGAUCAGGUUUCUUGCAUCCCAUCUACCAUGACUGCACUAUUUGAAGCUACAGGUGACAAGAUGGUGAAGGAGCAUUAUCCUUGCCAAAAGAAUGCCACCUCUUCCAGUGUGUAUGCCAUAAUAAAUCCUGGUAAUUUAUCUGUGAUCACACCAGGAGAAAACACAGUUACCAGUUUGACUGAUACAUCCCUGCUUUCAGAAUCACAGUUUCCUUUAGAGACUACAGGUUUGGAGUAUUGGCCAAACAGCACUUUACCUUGUUUUCCAUUAUUCAGAGGUCAGAAGAUUUCUGCAAACUCCUCCCAUCAGUCAAGCAGUAAUUUUCAGUGGAUCAGAAACAUGCCAGUUUGUACUAAAAGCAAAGGGAAUAGUGUUUAUAUUAAUCACAAUCCAUCUGGUGCAGCUCAGAAUAUUUCAGGUGGGUUUCCUGGACCUUCUCACGCGUUCGACUCGUUUGCACAGAUGUAUGAGUGUCCAGAUGCUGUCUCAUUCGCACUUUUGAAGACCCAAGGGGAAAUCUCAGGUGAAACAAAGCUCAGCAGUUUUGAGGAAACCUUUAGGCCAACAAAAAGACAAGAAUGUGACAUUGAUUCCUGUCACUGGCAGAACAUUCAGAAGCAUAGUGUGUUACAGAAUGACGCUAACCCACACUUCAGGCAGCUUUUCAUGGAAUCCUCAGUGAACCAGGAGCAUAUGCAAGUGCAGCAGCACCUGCUCCAAAUGUUCACCAAAUCUCAACACAUUUUGUCCCACACCCAGGUGGUGGCUCCAUCACAGAAAGCAACUUCUGAGGUGAAACAGACUGUAGAAAAACCACUCCAAAAUGUAUUGCAACAGCAGCAGCAGGCUGACGUGAUUCACUCUCUUCUAGAGCACACAGAACAUGAAGGGUCUCCCAUGUAUAUGCAAAAGACUUUGACCCAGUAUCAGAAGGAUGUGUCAUCUGUUAGUGAGGAACAAGGCCAAAUAGAAAGGCAGCAAGCAGCAGUUGCUUUGCAGUCUUCUCAGUCCCUGUCUGACCCUCUCAUAAAUUCAGACUCUGUUUACUCUACCAAGCAGACUAUACCCUUGAAAGGCUGUGUGGGAUUCAAAGAUAUUGAUAACCCAACCCAACCCCAGACUGCAGUUUGUGAUAAAGCCCUGGGAAACUCUACUUAUGGGAAAUCACGUCAGCGGGAAAAUAACGCUUCUCUAUAUAGUGACAAAGAGAAGAAUGAAGGAUAUUGCAAAGGAACAGGUGGCAAACUACAUUCCAGCAGUGGUAGACCUCGCCGCUUGCCCAGUGUCCGAAAAGAGAAGCUAAAGUUUGACCUAUCUUGCACAGCUUCUCCAAGUCAAGUGGCCAUGGCUUCCUUUUCGUUACCUGGUACUUCACCCAGUCAUGUGACUGAAAAGAAACACAAACUAACCAUUUUUAAUAGGAUUCAGGGUGGAAAUAUCUACAGCCUUACUAAUGCAGUGAGGGAAGAAAACUUGUCAGCUGGAUGUAAUAACACCAGUGGUGUUCCUGCAGAUGGGAACAGAUAUGCAAGUGGUUUCGUGUGCAAGACCUGCGGUCAGCUGUUCUAUACUGAGAAAGGUUUAAACAGCCAUAUGUGUUUCCAAAGUGAACAAUGGCAUUCACCACCAGGGAAAAUGGAACAGCAGGUGUACAAUGCAGAAAACUUAAACCCUCAGAAAUUGUCACUCAAGCCAAUAGGAGAUGGAAACAUGCCAUCAGAAAUUAAGAAACCUUUAGAAGAAGUAACAGUGGCACCUCUUGUGAUCCCAGUCUCUGUACCUGUGACAGCUAUGAACCAACAGACCAGGAACAAAGUUAAUGAAAAGGAAAGCCAGGAUGAGAAGGACCUCAGGAAAAGUUUGCCCCCAAAAAAGAGGAAGAGGCAGACUCGUCCCAAAUCGCUCUUUAUCCCACCUCCACCUUCCUUGUGUGCUGAGAUGCAGCCAGCCAUGAUGGGAGGAUGCCAUGAGAGUAAUCUUCGAUCACCUGUCUACAUGGUUGACCACCUCCUGAGAGACUUAUUCCAAAACUCUCCAUAUACCCCGCCUCCUAUGCUCAGCCCAAUACGGGAGGGAUCAGGGCUUUAUUUCAGCACUCUUUGUUCUUCCUCUACUAAUGCUGGUCCCAACAAGCUGUACAGUACCAUUCUAGGCAGAAUGGAUGGAGACUUUGGAUUCUCUCUUGUGAAAGAUAACACCAAAAUCAGCAUAAAGCCACACAUUAACAUUGGAAACCGGUUUCAGGCAGAGAUACCAAACCUCCAGGACAGAGCAUUUUUAGAAAAUGAUGAACAUGCAGCAUCGUUAGUGUGGAAACCCUGGGGAGACAUCGCAACCAACCAGGAUACACAGGACAGAGUAACAGGACUAUUAGAUGUGGCCUGCUCCAGUGCGAUGCCAGGGGGAGGGACCAAUCUAGAACUAGCCCUGCAUUGUCUGCAUGAAGCACAAGGCAAUAUUCUGGAGGCCCUAGAGAUGCUGCUGUUUAGAGGACCUCAGAAAGCUCCAUCCCACCCGCUUGCUGACUAUCGUUAUGCAGGUUCAGAUGUUUGGACACCUAUUGAGAAGCAGUUGUUUAAAAAGGCUUUUUGCCUACAUAAGAAAGAUUUUUACCUGAUACAGAAGAAGAUUCAGACUAAGAAUGUGUCCCAGUGUGUUGAAUAUUACUAUAUCUGGAAAAAAAUAAUAAAAUUUGACUUCAGUCGACCAAAAAUUGCAUGCAGCCCAAAGAAAAUGCAUGGUUAUCUGCCUAGACAAGACAUGAAGAUAAAGUCAAAGAAUUACAAAAAAGCAUCACACAAGACAUACAGUCCAGCCUGCAGUCAGAGGGGAACUCCAGACCAGCCUGGGGGCACAGACUAUCAGGGUGCAUUUCCAUGUAAAGAGUGUGAAAGGGUGUUCGACAGGAUAAAAAGUCGGAAUGCUCAUAUGAAAUGCCACCGCGUGCAGGAGCAGAUGGAGCCGCUGAUAAAUAUUAAGUGGCCCAUAAAACAUUAA